UUAGUUUUUUGGUAAACAAUGAAAUAUCUAAAAGGUUAACCGUCUCGAAGCCACAUUUCCCUUCAGUAACGAAUAAAUACUAUCGUUAAUAUUCUGAACCCUUCCGAUGAGUAUGCGUGUUGCUGUAGUGGCAGGGACAGCAGACUGCCGUCGACUGGAUUGCGACCGGUUCGCCUGAAUGAGCAAGGAACAAACGAAGGCUCAUCUCUCGCGAGGAACGACGCCGUUAUCGGAAUCUCUACAAACAACACGAGAAUUCAUCAUUCACACGUUGUGAACAAUGUCUGAACAAGAGUUGGAUGAAAUUGUGCAAAUAACAGUGGAGGACUUUAACCAAGAUGACCAAACAGACAUACUGGACAAUCAUGAAGAUGAUGAAGAAAGGCCUCAGAAGAAAAAGAGAAAAUUAAGCAACAGCCAGGAGAAUAACAACAACAACAACAACAACCAAGACAUAUCUUUUAUUAAGAACAUGUUGGUCUCAUUCACUGCAUCAAUCAGCCAGAGACUGGAAGGAAUUGAAUCAAAGUUACAUUCCCUGGAUGCUACAUGCAAAGCCCUUGGACGCAAACUGGACAGCAUGGUGCCAUGUGCAAAGAGUCCUAUCCAGGUUCCUAUGGUUGCAGGGUCUCCUCAGGGGGCCACUCAAACUUGGAACAAAGUGCGAUGUGUUGUUCCACAAACAAAUGUGAUAGUGAGCAGUGAACACCCGAAGGGCACUAGCCAAGAAGACUCUCCUCUGGAGAAUCUGCUCAGCAACACGAUGACCAGGAAGCGUCAGAACACAAUCCUGGUAAAGGUGCCGGCCCCGGAGGAGAGUCCGGAAGAACAAGACAGCGGAUCCGAGGCCAGCGACACUGUUUCUAAUGGUGGCCAUUCCACCAACGCGCAAAAUGGCCAAAAUGUCACACUCAUCACACUCAAUUCAGAAGAUGAUUACCCAGAGGGCACCUGGUUGGGAGAUGAGAACAACCCAGAGAUGCGAGUUCGUUGCCCUGUGUCUCCAGCUGACAUGCUCCAUAUCACCACAAACUGCCGCACCGCAGAGAAAAUGGCCUUGACGCUGUUGGACUACCUGUUCCAUCGGGAGGUCCAGGCCAUGUCGAACCUCUCUGGCCAGGGCAAACAUGGCAAGAAGCAGCUGGACCCGCUCAUGAUCUAUGGCAUUCGCUGCCACUUGUUUCACAAAUUUGGCAUCACUGAGUCAGACUGGUAUCGCAUUAAGCAAAGCAUCGACUCAAAGUGCCGCACCGCCUGGAGACGCAAGCAGCGUGGCCAGAGUCUGGCUGUCAAGAGCUUCUCCAAGCGCACACCUCGGAGUUCUGCAGGAGAGGGAGGCAUGGGAGAAGAAACUGGCCACAUUGAGACAGCCACCCAGCAGACCUUGCACUACACACUGGCCAAUCAACAAGUCCAGUUCCACCGUAUUGGCGAGGAUGGACAAGUUCAGGUGAUUCCACAGGGUCAGCUGCACAUCGCCCAGGUGCCACAAGGAGAGGAGUGCAGAUCACGCAGGACAGUGAGUGGAAAUCUCCAGAUCCACCAGGUGCAGUUUGGUCAGGAUGGACAGGUUUUGCGUGGGGCUCAGCUCAUAGCGGUGGCAUCAGCUGAUGGCGGGGCCACAGCAGUCGAGGGCUCCCCCCUCCCCCCUGACAUCCAAGUGCAGUACGUCCAACUAGCCCCCGUCACAGAUCACACAGCUGCUGUACAGGCUGCUGAGCUGGCCCCUGCCCUGCAGGCGGACAUGGAGGUGAAAGAGGCCAUCCAAGGUGCCAUCCAGGGAGAGAACGGCGAAGUGGUCCAGAUUGUCACCUCUGUGGCCACCUGAGAGCCCCGCCUGGUUCAACGCAGCCCAGAACUCUGCUCCACAGCACGGCCUGACGAGUCUCAGAGGUCGACAAAUGCACACAGUGAUAAACAAUGAAGUCAGAAAGCAUUUUUAAUAAAUAAUGUCUAUUCUGUAGGUCACUGGUGAAACACAGGAGAAAAGCAUUUUUCAGUUUGUUUUUGUUGUUGUUUCCCCUGCAAAUUUCUCAAUUCAUUGCCAACCAGAUGUCACAAUGUGGAAAUGUUCACAGAGAACUUGAAAAGACUGAUGCUCCAAAAUCAGCUGUGGCCUCUCUGGUGUUUUCAUCACCAUGAGGACCUGGCUCUCUGCAGAAUACACAGUGGGAUUAUUGUCUAUCCAGGGAGGAUGCUGCUUAUGCAGACCAUCACCCUGCCACUUCAUCAGCACACAUGCUUGUUUACAUCAACUUUGGAAAAUAGUGGAGUUAUUUGGAGUUGAGCUGCUUGGCUGACCCCGAAACCCCCCCAUGUGGGUUUGAAAAAACCUGACUCCCAUCUCAAACAAGCAGUACUGUGCUCCUUUUCUUGUCAUUUCUUGUCACGGUGGACUGCAGUGGAAACCACGCAGCUUCUCUUGGUUUUGAUUAAUUUGGUUACCUGUCACUCUCCAUGAUUCAGUCCACACCAUGUCUGCCGGCUGUGAGCCCUGCCUUCCUUUACUUAGGCUCUUGUUGUUUUCAUAUUGCUUUAGCCGCACCGCUUUGUUUGUAUAUCUGUGUGUUUGAUUUAUCUCAUUGUUACAUGCCGAAAUUUCUGGGGAGCCUUAAUUUUGGAGGUAGAAGACCAUGAACUAGAAGAGAUGGUGCCAGCGGUAGACAGUACAAGUUGCUUGUAGUAAACCAAGGAAACCUUGAAGUUGUUUACUCCUCCCGGUUUUGUCUCUGUGAAAGAUGCAUUCAUGUGAAUAAAACAUGUUUGUGGUUGCCAUAAAAGUGUGUUUUUAUUUUUGGUUUCUGUCUGUAUUUUCUCUUUAUUUCAAGCAACCGUGGUCAUCAACAUGGCUUCAAAGAUUUCCAAGACAUGACUUUGCUUUCAUCCACUGCAAAUAAACAGUUGAAGAGAGCGUGAAA